AUGGCUUCACCCGCAGCAGAGGCGACGGUGCCUCCUUCCUCGCCCUCGCAACCCAUCGCCAAACAGCCUCCUCCCGAAAAGCCAAGCGAGGCGCGGCGGCGAACAUUCAUCAUUCUCUCGUUUUGGCUCUUGGUGCUACUGCUCGGGCUGCCGAUAUGGUGGAGGACGACGUCGAUAUACCGCGCCUAUUUGCCUCUGGAGCGUAUGCUGCAGUGGGCGGACGGCAAGGCCUGUCGUCCUGCUUUCCCUCUGCAAAUUUCCAUUCGCGCCGAUGCCAUACCCGACCCUGAAGCCCGCCAUCUCAUUCGCCUCACGCAACAUGCUCUCGACGACCUCAACGACUUUCCCGGCCACCAUUUGCGGCUCAGGCUGCAUUCCAAGGACGGCGGCGAAUCGACAAGGCCCGAUUCCGAGUCCACCUUGACCAUCAAUCUUACUCCUGGCGCGGCCAACUCGGCUUCGUUGAGCGAGCAGUCGGCCGUCGUCGACAUGACGUAUGCGCCUAACAUGGCCCCGUCGCUCAACUCGGCCUCGUCUGCUCUGGCUACCUACAUGGCCAAUGAACUGCAGUCCAUCUUUGCCGAGGAGCGGUCAAUCAUCUCGUACCUGCUGUCCACGUCGUCCAUGUCUCCCACCUCGAGACUGCAAGGCGGGCUGACGGCAGAGACGGCAGAAGCGCUGUCGAAGCGCACGACAAGGUCUCUCCGCUACGCACCAACAUACCAUCUGAGCUUCUCUCUCUUUACAGAUGGUGCUAUCCCCAGCACGUGGGACAUUGACAGCGCCAUCCGCGAGUACAUGAAGCCCGUGCUGGACGUGCUUGCCCCGAUUCAUGACUUCACCGUGGACACCCAAGUCCAGCUGUAUGCCACGCCUGGUGUGCAGUCUCGGGUGCUCAGAAAGGAGCAUUUGGCUUCCUUCAUCAACGCGGCAGAAUGGCCUCUCUCGCCGUCGAUUGGCGGCGCUCCUACCGUCAACUUCAUCAUCUUUGUCGGGAACCAGACAAUCGUCUCCGACGACGCGCAAGUUGGCAGUUCGCAAUCUUGGAUGAUCCCGCAAUGGGGCUCCGUGUACCUCUUGGACCUGCCGCCGACCGAGAAGCACGUCUCGGUCCAGGCGCUCAAAAAGCCUCUGCUCAUGUUUGGCGGGCACUUGCUCACCCUGCUGGGCACGCCGGUGUCUGGUUCUCUUCCGCUGCGACUGUCGACGCUCGCUCGCAUCCGCACGACCGACUUGCUGCUCCGGGCAGCGUCUUCCCUGGGCUCACUGGCUCGGCUGGCGCCCAGUCUACCGUCCAUCUCCAUCCCUCCCAGCGUCGCCGACGGCGUGUCUAGCUCGCUGCACCACCUGGAGCAGGCGUGCACAAACCUGGCAGGACCGGAGGGCCUCCUGCACGCCAGGAUUGCCGAGAAGGAGGCAGAGAGGGCAUUUUUUGAAAAGAGCAUGGUUGGGCAGCUCUAUUUCCCUGACGAGCACAAGAUUGCCGUGUACCUGCCUUUGCUGGGGCCCGUGGGAGUCCCUCUUGUUCUGGGACUGAUUGACGAGUUGAAGAGGUGGGUCAAGAGACGGAAGCAAAGAGCAGAGGAGGCAAGAGAAAAAAAGAGCCAGUAG